AUGGGCAUUUCCAAAUUCAACCCGUUCAAGAAGGAUCGCCAGAACUUCCCGGGUGUUGUCAUUCCGCUCGCCGAUGCACCUGCACAUUCCCAGAAACUCACGGAAAAAGAUGAUAAAGAGCUUAACAACGGCUUGGAUCUGGCCCCCUCCUCCGAGAAUGGGGUCGCAAGCUCCAAUGCCGCCACUCACCACCUGACCAUCGAAGGCCUUCGGGCGGAAAUCGAAUCUGACGUGGCUACAGCUUCUCAUGACUCGGCCUAUGAUCGCAAAUCAAAGGUGAUCAACAGAGCCCUGCAGGAUAUUGGAAUGGGACGCUACCAGUGGCAACUGUUCUUCCUCUGUGGUUUUGGCUGGACCGCAGACAACCUCUGGCUCCAGGGAGUUGCACUGACUCUGACCCCAAUUUCAUAUGAAUUCGGAAUCUCUGGCACAUGGGUGAGAUUUACGACUUGUGCUUUGUUCUUAGGUCUUUGCCUCGGUGCCUCAUUCUGGGGUGUUGCAUCUGAUAUUGUUGGCCGCCGUCUUGCUUUCAAUACCACCCUCUUCCUGGCUGGUGCUUUUGGGCUGGCUUCAGGUGGUGGCCCCUCCUGGAUCGGAACAUGUGCGCUGUUCUCUUGCCUGGGUCUCGGUGUUGGCGGUAACUUGCCCGUCGAUGGUGCUCUCUUCCUGGAGUUCCUGCCAUUCGUCUCCGGUAACAUGUUGACUAUGUUGAGUGUUUGGUGGCCCAUUGGCCAACUGAUUGGUAGUCUUCUCGCCUGGGCCUAUAUUCCCAACUACAGCUGUUCUGGUUACGAGGGCUGCACCAAGGAGAAGAACAUGGGAUGGCGAUAUCUGGUACUGACUCUCGGUGCUAUCACCUUUGUCAUGUUCAUUCUGCGUUUCUUCUUCUUCCACCUGUACGAGUCACCCAAGUUCCUACUUUCCCGCGGUCGUCAGGAAGAAGCUGUUGCAUCUGUUCACGGAAUUGCGUACAAGAACGGUGCCAAGACGUGGCUGACCAACGAGAUUCUCAAUGAGCUUGGUGGCUACCCCGACGCACCGGAGGAAAAGACUGAGCUCACCAACACUCAAAUCAUCAGUCGCUUCUUCUCUAAGUUCUCCAUGGAGCGCAUUGGUCCCUUGUUCGCCAACAAGCGCAUGGGUAUCAAUACUGCUCUCCUCUGGUUCUGCUGGACCACCAUUGGUAUGGGAUACCCUCUUUUCAACGCCUUCUUGCCCCAGUAUCUCUCCCAGUCUGGCGGCGAGGCCAACUCCAACUACACCACAUAUCGCAACUACGCCAUUACAUCUAUAGUCGGUGUUCCCGGUUCUAUCCUGGCUUGCUACACCGUUGAGAUAAAGUACAUUGGCCGCAAGGGUACAAUGGCAAUCUCCACUCUGAUUACUGGUGUGCUAUUGUUCUGCUUCACCGCAUCUACCAGCUCCAACAUCCAACUAUUGUGCAGUUGUCUCGAGGCUUUCUUCCAGAACAUCAUGUACGGUGUCCUGUACGCUUAUACCCCAGAGACCUUCCCCGCCCCGAACCGCGGAACGGGUACUGGUAUCUCGAGCUGCUUGAACCGUAUCUCUGGUCUCUGUGCUCCCCUGGUCGCCAUCUAUGCUGGAAGUGCCAACCCUAACGCCCCUAUCUACGCCUCAGGUGCUUUGAUCCUUGCAUCGUUUGUGGCCAUGUGCUUCCUGCCCAUUGAAACUCGGGGCAAGCAAACGUUAUGA